AUGCAGGGGGUGCACGCGGUGGGCGGCAGCGGCUCGCAACUUCCAGUCUCUCCAGCAGACCCGACCUUGCCGCAGCCCGGAGCCCAGGCGACCCAGACCCGAGGGUGGGCGCGGCAGAAGCGGGCCUCGGGCCUAGACAUCCUCUACGGGAAACGGGACCCUUGCUCCUUCCCGGCCAAGGCCGCCCGGGUCCUUCAGACGCCCUCACCUCCACCGGGCCCUCGGGGGUCUCUUCCCGAAAGGGCGCCCACCCGGCUCCGGCCCAGGGGCACCCGGGUACUCCUCUGGCUCCUGCUUCGCCUGGCGGCGCUCCGUUUUUUCUUUUCCUCCUUGUUUGCCCGCAGAUGA